GUUGUGACGUUCUCGCGAUACGGUCCGUGCUUUCACUGAUAGCUUUUCCAACACAGGAAAAGCUGAGGCUUACUGAGUUCGGCGACAACAUAUUGUUGAAGACAUGAGUGUCAGACUUACUCCAGGGGCAAUUCAGGCCCUGAUUAGAGGCAUUGAUGUGAAAAAUCCCGUCCUACAGGUGCUGAAAAUGCGUAUGGUCCCUAAUAGCUCCGGUCCACCUCGGUUUCGGCUGAUGAUGAGUGACAGCCGACACACGUAUGCUUCUUUCCUGCUAGCCACACAGUUAAACUAUUUGAUUGAGGAGAACCUCCUGGAACCACACUGUGUGUGCAAGGUGAAGAGGACUAUUCCCAACAAGCUGGCAGAUGGCAGACUCGUGGUGGUUGUAAUGGAGAUGGAGAUACUGCAGUCUGCAAUGGAAGCAGGAGGGAUGAUUGGAGAACCCACUCCAUAUAAUGCAGAUGGUAAGACUCCAUCUCAGCAGGAUCCAGACUCUAGUACCUCUAUGCCAGCUUCCCCUCCACCUGCAGCAGUACCAGGGCCCUCCUUCAGCAACAACAACAGUAGCAGAGGAGGUCGUGCUGGAAUCUCAAUGAUGAAAGUUCCCCCCUUGAGUACUUCACCCAUGACAACUUCACCUAUGAAAACUUCACCUAUGAAAACUUCACCCAUGAAAACUUCACCCAUGAAAACUUCACCCAUGAAAACUUCUCCCAUGAAAGCUUCACCCUUCAAAGCUUCUCCUGGGAAAUUUUCACCCAUGAAGGCUACAAGCUCAUCUCCUGGUUCUUCAACAAAAGUGAUUCCUAUUUCUCAACUGAACCCAUAUCAAAGCAAGUGGACCAUCAGAGCCAGAGUCACCAACAAAUCAAACAUCCGCAACUGGAGUAACUCCAAGGGAGAGGGCAAGCUCUUUUCAUUUGAGAUAGUGGAUGAGAGUGGAGAAAUCAGAAUCACAGCCUUUAAUAAGGAAGUGGACAAGUUUUACUCUCUAGUGGAGCAAGGCAAGGUGUACUACAUCACCAAGGCAACUCUAAAGGUGGCCAACAAACAGUACUGCACACUGAAUAACGACUAUGAGAUGACCCUCCAUGCCAACUCAUCCAUUGUGCCAUGUGAUGACAGUCAGGGCGUCCCUGCAUUGCACUGUGACUUUGUGUCCAUUGCAGAGCUGGAGAACAGAGAUAACAACGACAUUGUUGAUGUGAUUGGAGUGUGCAAGAGUGCGGAGGAUGUGUCCCGUAUCACCACUAAGAGCAGCAGAGAAGUCUCCAAGAGGGCCCUCAGCUUAAUAGACACAACUGGCAAAGUGGUGACAGCCACAUUGUGGGGAGAGGAGGCUGAGAAGUUUGACGGCUCGGGGCAGCCAGUGGUCGCAAUCAAAGGAGCUCGCUUGUCUGAUUUUGGAGGCAGAUCUCUCUCUGUUUUGUUCAGUUCCACAGUCAUGGUCAACCCAGACAUACCCGAGGCCUUUAGACUGAGGGGCUGGUUUGACCAAGAAGGCCAUAAGCUCAACAGCCAAUCCCUGACAGAGACCAGGUCAUCAGGCAGUGGAGCAAAGAUAAACUGGAAAUCACUGAGUGACAUUAAAGAUGAGCACAUGGGACAUGGAGAGAAGGCGGAUUAUUUCAGCUGCGUGGCGACGGUGGUGUACAUUCGUAAGGAGAACUGUCUGUACCAGGCCUGUCCAUCUGAUGGCUGCAACAAGAAGGUCAUAGACCAGCAGAACGGAUUUUACCACUGCGAAAAGUGUAACAGAGAGUUCCCCAACUUCAAAUACAGACUCCUCCUUUCUGCCAACUUGGCAGACUUCGGGGAUAACCAGUGGGUGACAUGCUUCCAGGAGACAGCUGAGGUCCUGUUAGGUCACAGCGCAGAAAUGCUGGGACAGCUUAGAGACACAGACGAGGCUGCCUUUGAUGAAGUCUUUCAGAAAGCCAACUACACAACUCACGUCUUCAAAAACAAAGUCAAGUUGGAGACGUACAACGAUGAGGUUCGAUUGAAGGUAACUGUACUGGAAGUCCAACCCAUUGCCCACCGGGAAUACAGCAGGAGACUCAUCAGCAACAUCCACAAGCUGGCCGGAUAAACUCGUCCCAGUCAUCCAACAGCUGCCUGCUGAUUAAACCCGUCUUCCGCUGAUCUCUGACUGGCUUCAACUUUCUCCUCCAGUGAGAUAUCAGCAUAUCUAAGACAGCAGAUGGGUGGUCAGUGAUUCAUCACGUUUUAAAUGGCAGCCAAACAAACAAGAAAAAAACUAAGACUUGUUCAUUUUCUUCAACUGGCCUGUUGUAAAACACCAGAAUUUUAUUCUUUCUUUUAAUUUUAUAAUAGUUUAACCAAAACAUUGGAUAAAUUACUGUUUUGACAUUGUUUUCAUGUCUGUCAUGUCUCUCACAGAUGAGGUCAGUGAUAGCUGUUGUUUUAUUCAUGUGAUUCAUGUGUUGAGUUAAGGAUCAGUGACUGAUGCCCAGUGUUCCAUGUGUGAGAUGGAGAUGAGUCAGAUUUAUUUAAUUUUGUUUUAAAAAAGAAGGUGUGGGCAAUGUAGGUGGUAGCAGCUGUUUUAAUUUCUCAUUGUCUUAAACGUUUGUUAAACUUCUUUUCUGUUCAAAAUUUGAGAGAGUAGUUUUGUGCUGUGAGCAUCCAAAAUGUUUUACCAGAAAAGAUUGAUUAAAAAAACAC